ACAUUUUUUUAUUUUAAAUUCAAGUUUUGUAAAAUUUUCAUCGAAACGAAAAAUGGCUAAUAAAAAUACAAGUGUUUGUAAUAAACUUGGAUUAAUAGUGUGGAAAAAUUUAAUAAUUCGAAAACGACAUUGGCUAUUGACAAUUUUCGAAUUUGUAAUGCCAAUUGCGUUAUUUUUAAUUAUUGUUUAUGUGAAUAUUAAAAGUGAUUUAAACAUGAGCGGUGAUUUCAAUAAUCCGGACGUAAUGUACUCGAAUCAAUUGGACAUGAAAUCUUUGCAAGCGAUUUUAUCAAAGGACUCUGAAAUUUUAUAUACGAAAAAUACAACGUUUCAUAACGAAAUAAUGGAGAAAACUCGAAAAAAAUUGAAUUUUAAAGAAUCACAAUUACAUGGAUACGAAAAUGAAGAAUCCAUGAUGGCUGAUUAUGGUAGAAUGUCAAGUAAUUUUUCAUCAGGUUCAUUUGGUGCUAAAAUAAUAGCCAUUAUAUUCGAUGAAGAUAAAAAUAAUAAUAAACAUUUUAAAUAUAAGCUACGUACAAUGAACUUCCUCAACACCAAAGAAAUAUUUCCAGAAUUUGAAUCACGUCCCUAUGGUGACCCAAGAUAUUCAUUAGAAGCGCCAUAUGUGAAUGGAGGAUUUUUAUUAUUACAAAUGCUCGUUGAUCAAACAUAUAUUGAAACAGUGGCAAAUAAAGUAUCAUUACCAUUUAAGUUACUCUUACAAGGUAUGCCAGUUCCACCAUAUACAUCAACAUUAAAUAUGGAUAUAUUAAACCAUAUUUAUUAUUUUGUAUUACCAUUGUUGACGGCAAUGAGUUUUGUAUUUUUAUGCCCGUCAUUGUUAACAAGAGUUGUUGAAGAGAAAGAUACUGGUAUUAAGGAACUAAUGAAAUUAAUGGGUUUAAAACAAUGGAUGUUAUGGUUAGGAUGGGUUAUAAAUUCGUUAAUAAUUAAUAUAUUCUCAAUAACAAUCAUUGUUAUCAUACUAAAAGUGGUCUGGUCGGAACAAAAUGCUGCUGUUUUACCAGAAACAAAUGCAUUUUUAUUGUGGAUAUUUUUAUUUUUGUAUGUUUUAGCUGGCAUAUGUUUUUGUUUCUUUAUGUCGACAUUAUUUAAUAAACCAACCAUUGCUCAAGGUGUCGGUGUUGCAAUUUGGAUUAUGUCAUAUUUUGUACCACAAUCAACGGCCACAAAUAUUAAUACAAAAGUUGUCACUAAAGUUUUCUUAUCUAUUUUACCAAAUAUGGGUGUUUUGUUUGGAUAUAAUGCAAUUUCCAAUCUUGAAAUCGAGGAUGAAAAAAAAGGUUUACAAUGGUCAAAUAUAUUUGAAGCAACUAAUCCUGAGGACAUGUCAAUGGGUGCAGUCUAUGGAAUGUUAAUAUUUGAUAUAUUUUUUUAUUCGAUUUUAACAUGGUACCUUGAUAAUAUUAAACCCGGACAAUAUGGUUUAGCUCGUCCAUGCUUUUUCCCAUUUACAAAAUCUUAUUGGGUAUCAUCAAAAGAAAUAGACGAAGGCCCUAUAGAAGACAAUAACAACGAACACAUAACAAACACAAAUUACGAAGAACCACCAAGAAAUUUAACAGCAGGAAUCAAAAUUAACAACUUACGUAAAACUUACAACAAUGUAAAAGCUGUGAAUGGACUAACAAUGAACUUUUAUAAUGGUGAGAUUACCGCAUUGUUAGGGCACAAUGGUGCUGGUAAAACAACAACAAUGUCAAUACUAACUGGAAUGUUUUCACCAACAAGUGGUCAUGUGUCAAUACAUGAUUAUAAUAUACGAACUCAAAUGGGUAAUGUUCGUAAUAUAUUAGGAUUAUGUCCGCAACAUAAUAUGUUAUUUACAGAUUUAAAUGUACAAGAGCAUUUAAUAUUCUUUUCAAGAUUAAAAGGUAAAACACACAAAGAAGCGACAAAAGAUGCAAUGAAUUUACUUAAUAUUUUAAAUUUAUCAAAUAAAAAAAAUAAUUUAACAAAAACAUUAUCUGGUGGAAUGAAACGUAAAUUAUCACUUGGUAUUGCAUUAGUUGGUGAUUCACAAGUGUUAAUGCUAGAUGAACCAACAUCUGGUAUGGAUCCAGAAGCUAGACGUGAAGUCUGGGAUUUGUUAUUGGGUAUGCGUAGCCCUGAUAAAGUGAUUGUAAUAACAACACAUUUUAUGGAAGAAGCCGAUGUACUCGGGGAUCGUAUUGCAAUUAUGGAUCAUGGAACAUUACAAUGUUAUGGAACAUCAAUGUUUUUAAAACGUAAAUAUGGGGCUGGUUAUCAAUUGUCGUUGAUGAAAGUUGAUGAACGUACCAAUGUACAAAAAAUUAAAACAAUUGUCGAAUCACAAAUACCAAAUGCCUUUUUAAAAACUGAAAAUGCUGGUUUAAUUACAUUCACGUUGCCAACAAACGAUAAUGAUAAAUUUCCAAAAUUAUUUCAUACGUUAGAAACAUCGAAAAGUGAAUUACAUAUUAGUGGAAUUGGUUUGUCUAUUACCACUUUGGAAGAUGUAUUUUUAAGAGUGGGAGAAAUUCUUGACGAAAAACACCAUAAUCAUAAUAAUGGAAAUGGAGGAAGUGAAUAUGAAAAUGGAAGUCGUGAAGAUCUUUUAGCAGAUCGAAGAAAUAGCGGCUUGAUACUCGAAUUGAAUCGUAUGAAAAUAUUAUUAAUCAAAAAAUUCUUAUUUAAUAAACGAAAAUAUCUUCAAUUUUGUAUAUUUUUUUUGAUUCCAAUAUUUAUGACAUUAUUUGCAAUGAUAUUCAUUAAACAAGCUGUGGAUACAAAAUAUUUAUCAAUGCCACCAUUAGAUCUAACAAUGGAUAAAUAUGAUCCACAAUAUGUGUAUUACACAAAACGUGAUGAUUCAUCUAAAGAUUUACAAAGGAUUAGUGAGAUUUAUGGAAAAUUAUUAAGUAAAGAUGCAACUGCUAAGCCCGUGGACGAUUUUAAUCAUGAAAUCAUUGAUUAUGGUGAAAAAGAUUUUACAAAUUAUAAGAAAUUGGCUGUAGUCGGUGGCGAAUUUAAUGAAACCGAUGGCGGUACAGAAUACACUCUGAAUGCAAUGUACUCAAAAUUUGCAACACAUUCAACUGGUAUCAGUUUGAAUUUGAUCAGCAAUGCUUUGUUGAAGUUUUUCAUGGGUGAUGAGUACUCAAUUUCCAUUGUAAAUCAACCAUUGGAUACUAAAGACACUCAAAUCGUUGAAGAGUAUAUUACCAAAAUACAAAUUAUUAGUACUAGUCUAGUAUUCUUCCCAUUAGGAUUUUUAUCAUUAAUUGGAAGUUUUAUGAAUUUCCCGAUUGUGGAACGUGUAUCAAAUAUGAAACAAUUACAAUUAAUGACUGGAUUACAAGCAUUUACAUAUUGGUUUUCCACUUAUAUAUGGGAUUUAAUGAUCUUUGUGGUUGCAACUUGUUUAUCAAUUUUAAUGAUUCUAUUCUUUGAUCAGACCGAUAUAUUUAAUGGCUCAACAGAAUUGUGGAUAAUGUUUGGACUUUUAAUAUUAUAUGGUUUUAGUAAUAUUGCAUAUUGUUAUUUCGUUAGCUUUAAAACACGAACAUUUGCUGGAGGUUUUAAGCUGUUAUUAAUCACAAGUUUACUAGUUGGUAUGAUUGGUAGUGCUAUAACGUAUAUUUUCAUUAUUAUACCAUCAGAUAGUUGGCAGACUGCCGGGGAAAUAUUGCAUCGAAUUUUCUCAUUUUUCCCACAGUAUGCUUUAUCGAAUGGUGUACUAAAAUUCACGAAUACUGCUAUUAAUAAUAAUAAAUGUAAAACCAUGGAUUCGGAAAAAAUUAUAGAAAAAUGUGCCCAGAAACCUACAUACACUUGUUGUCCAUUUUUAGAUAAGAAUUACAGCAUAUCGUACAUGGAAGGUGAUAGUGGUAUUAAAGACUUACUCAUCAUGUUAGCAGUUAAUACGUUCCUGUAUUUAAUACUGAUUUUAAUGAUUGAUUACAAUGUUUUUGGUGCAAUCAAAAAGCUUUUUUCUAAAUCUAAAUCAUCAAGUAAUAACAACAAUUACCAACAACAUUUAGAUCCAGAUGUUCAAAAAGAGCAAAAACGUGUUCAUGACCAAUAUAAUUAUGGUCAAGGAGACGAUAAUUUGGUAGUUUACGAUUUAAAGAAGAGUUUUGGAUCGUAUGCAGCAGUACGUGGUCUUAGUUUUGGUGUACAUGGUGGCGAAUGUUUUGGUUUACUGGGUGUCAAUGGUGCUGGUAAAACUACAACAUUUAGAAUGAUAACUGGGGAUGAAGUACCAUCCAAUGGUGAUGCCAUUGCUAAUUAUUACAAAUUAAGUAAAAAUAAAAAGGCAUUUUUGGGGCAACUUGGAUACUGUCCACAAUUUGAUGCACUAAACGAAGCAUUAACUGGUCGUGAAAUGUUACAAACUUUCGCCUGUUUACGAGGUGUUUAUACUUCUGAUAUCAAAUACGAAGUUGGCAAAUGGUUAUCUCUGCUAGGUUUAAACGAUUAUGCUGAUCGUUUGUGUGGAACUUAUUCAGGUGGCAACAAACGUAAAUUAAGUACAGCCAUGGCUUUAGUAGCAGAGCCACCUAUCGUAUUAUUAGAUGAACCAACGAGUGGAGUUGAUCCAAUAUCAAGACGAAACUUAUGGACAGUUUUAUCCUCUAUUCAAAAUAAACAAUCCAUAGUUUUAACUUCACACAGUAUGGAAGAAUGUGAAGCUUUAUGUAAUCGUUUAGGAAUUAUGGUUGACGGUCAAUUAACAUGUUUAGGUACUGUACCAUAUUUAAAACAACGCUUCGGACAAGGUUUUACUGUAAUAUUAAAGAUAAAAAGUAAUAUGGAUGUCACAAAUUUAAAAGCACAUAUUGUACAUGAAUUUGUGGAUUGUGAGCUAAAAGAUGAGCAUGAUGGUCUCUUAAAUUAUCAUAUUAAGAAUACAAACACGACUUGGUAUCAAUUGUUUGAUACAAUUGAACGAUUAAAGUCGAAUGUACAAUUUGGGGGAAUUAUUGAGGAUUAUACAGUUAGUGAAUCAACGUUGGAGCAAGUAUUUUUAUCAUUUGCUAGACAACAAUAGGUGAAAUUUAAUUUUAGUUUAGGGUACACAAGGGACGAUUACUGCCAACGAAAUCUAAUCGAGGAGGCCAAAAAAAAUUUAAAUUUUAACUUUUUAAUUUUCAAACUUUGAAGUUGUUCUAUAGCAAGAGAGUUAGUGUAUUAUUAUCCCUCAUCUUGUACCCCUUCGGACUACGUCCAUGGGGAAUGGAUAGUCAAGUUUUGCUGGCCUGAUUACUUUUUUCACUCCUGAUGUUACGUCCUUUGUCACAAGGAACACUGCCAGCUCUGGCAAACCGCUCUGAGGUACCCCAGCAGUUUAAAUUUAAUUUAGAAAACUCCGAUGAAAUUGUAAAAUAGAAAUUGUCGUCGGCUGUGCUAUCGCUGUUUUGACACGUUGAUUCCCUUCCCCUAAAAGAGAAAACUCAGUAAUUCGAUAAUGAUUUGGAUUUCUUUAAUCAAUAACCUUCAAUAAACUUCGAAUAAUUUGAAGAUUUUGAUGCUUCUUUUGAGGGAUUCAAUUUUAUUUAGAUACAAUAUUGGAAUCAACGGUGAGCGAAUUUUUACUAUUUAUUAAAAAAAAAUUGCAUAUUGAUAAGCAAUAUCCAUGAUUUAGAAUCAUUUUAAAAUGAUUGACCAGAAACAAU